CGCCCGGCGGCGGGGGGAUGAUGCGACCCAGCUGAGCGCGGCCCGAGAGGGGCGGGCGCGCUGAGGACGGGCAGCGUCGGCAGCAGCGGCAGCCCCGCCGCCCGAGUCCGAGUAGCCCGGCAGCCGCCCACCUCAGCCCCCUGCCCUCCCCCGGUCGGGGCGGGAGCCGCCGCGGCCGUCCCAUGUCCCGCAAGGCCAGCGAUAAUGUGGAGUACACGCUGCGGAGCCUGAGCAACCUGAUGGGCGAGAAGAGGCGGCGGCAGGCGGACGGGUCCGCCGGCUCGGGCGCGGCGGCGGGCGAGCGGAGCCUCAUCGCCGCCGAGUCCUGCUCCAGCCUCAACAGCGCGGCGUCGGGCGGAGAGCUGGAGCGGGCGGCGCGGCGCCAGUUCCAGCAGGACGAGACCCCCGGCUUCGUCUACGUGGUGUCGGUCUUCUCCGCCCUGGGGGGCUUCCUCUUCGGCUACGACACCGGCGUGGUGUCGGGGGCGCUGCUCCUCCUCAAGAGGGAGCUCAACCUGGACGCGCUCUGGCAGGAGCUGCUCGUCUCCAGCACGGUGGGCGCCGCCGCCCUGUCCGCCCUGGCCGGCGGCGUCCUGAACGGGCUGUGCGGCCGGCGGCCCUGCAUCCUGCUGGCCAGCGGCCUCUUCACGGCGGGCUCCGGCGUGCUGGCCGCCGCCCGCGACAAGGAGACGCUGCUGGCGGGACGCGUGGUGGUGGGGCUGGGCAUCGGUGUAGCAUCUAUGACUGUGCCAGUGUACAUCGCAGAAGUGGCUCCACCACACUUACGAGGCAGAUUAGUCACCAUUAACACUCUCUUCAUCACUGGAGGGCAGUUCUUCGCCAGCGUUGUCGAUGGAAUCUUCAGCUACCUCGCCAAGGAUGGAUGGAGGUACAUGCUGGGCCUGUCAGCUGUACCAGCAGUUAUACAGUUUCUUGGCUUCCUGUUUCUUCCCGAAAGUCCCCGCUGGCUCAUUCAGAAAGGGCAGACCCAGAGGGCACGGAGGAUUCUGUCUCAAAUGCGUGGCAACCAGGCCAUUGAUGAAGAGUAUGACAGCAUCAAAAACAACAUUGAAGAAGAAGAAAAAGAGGUUGGAGCAGCUGGACCUGUGAUCUGCAGAAUGCUAACAUACCCUCCAACUCGAAGAGCCUUAAUUGUGGGUUGUGGUCUGCAGAUGUUUCAACAACUGUCAGGGAUUAACACCGUCAUGUACUACAGUGCUACCAUUUUGCAGAUGUCAGGAGUGGAAGAUGACAGGCUUGCAAUCUGGCUGGCUGCACUCACAGCAUUUAUAAACUUUAUUUUUACUCUUGUGGGAGUCUGGCUUGUUGAAAGAAUGGGUCGCCGGAAACUCACACUUGGUAGCUUAACAGGUACUGCUGUAGCACUCAUUAUCCUAGCUUUGGGAUUCUUGCUAUCAGCUCAGGUCUCGCCAAGAAUCACACUUAAUCCAACAGAUCCUUCACAUCAAAACUCUACCUGCACAAAAUACAGUUACUGCAAUGGAUGUAUGUUGGAUCCAGACUGUGGUCUCUGCUACAAAUUGAAUAAAUCAAGUGUUGUUGAGUCCUCAUGCAUUCCUGUUGAUAAACACUCUACAAUGAAAGCAGCUUGGGGCAGGUGUUCAAAUGAAUCCAUAUUCAAAAAGGAAGAUUUAUUUUGGGCAUACAAUUUCUGCCCCACUCCGUACUCUUGGACAGCACUUCUGGGCCUUAUUUUGUAUUUGGUUUUCUUUGCACCUGGGAUGGGUCCUAUGCCCUGGACUGUCAAUUCUGAGAUUUAUCCACUUUGGGCCAGAAGCACAGGAAAUGCAUGUUCUUCUGGAGUCAACUGGGUUUUCAAUGUGCUCGUGUCACUGACAUUUCUGCAUACAGCUGAAUACCUGACAUACUAUGGAGCCUUCUUCCUCUACGCAGGCUUUGCUGCCUUGGGACUGGUUUUCAUCUAUGGCUGCCUUCCUGAGACUAAAGGGAAAAAACUGGAGGAAAUUGAAUCUCUGUUUGAAAACAGGCUAUGUACAUGUGGUAUGUCAGAUUCUGAUGAAGGGAGGUACAUCGAGUAUAUUCGGGUGAAGGGAAGUAAUUACCAUCUCUCUGACAAUGAUGCUUCUGAUGUGGAAUAAUUUUCAGCUGCUGAUGUAUUUAAUCAUUUAAAAGCCUUCUGGGGGAAAAGCAGCUCUCUGAUGACCUCACUGCCCUGCUUCUGGUCUGGUUCUCCUUUCUACUGUGUAUUUAAAAAUGCCUUCAUGUUCAAAAAUGCUCCAUCUAGGAGGAAAUUCAAUAUGCUAGCGUUUUCUUGAUAACUGAAAGCAAUGGCUUCCAAAAGAGAUUGAAUUCCACAGUUAUGUGACUUUACCAAGUGUGUGUGACACUGCUCCGUCCCCAGAGGUUUAGUAGGGUGCACUGUACCAGAUGAAUACAGAAGGCUAUCCUAGAUGGUCAGGGGCUGUCCUUAUCUCCAAUGUUGACAAAACCUAAAAAAAUCGCCUGGCUGAUGAGAAAACAGCUGACAGCUGUUGGAUCCCCAUCCCAUAGGAGCCAAGGAAGAAGCUCUGCUGUGCAGUAUGACAAAGGAUGAAUGCAUAAGCAUUGUAAUAGUAAUGAUUUAAAAGGUUUAACUGAUUGGGAAAAUACAAAUACCUGCUGUAUCCAUCAGAGGGACAUUUCCCAAAUUUAUCCAAAGAGAGAGAAUUUCCAUUAUUUAUUUGAGCUAGCAAGUAGAGAGCCAUACUCACCUGGAUGGGGGUUCACUGGGGUGGUGUGUGCCUGUGCUACACUGGAUAAUCCACCCACUGCUGCUCCUGAGUACAUGCUGCAGUUGGGAGCUGAUGUUUGUGAGAAAAACUGCCAAAAUUGAUUACUGACAGCAGGAAAACAGAGCUCAGUACGUGGCCACACGUACAAAUGUACUGGUAUAUAUUGCUAGGUACAACACAGAGGCUUCAGUUUAAAAAAAAUAAAUGUUUGUUUUCCUUUUUAGCAUGUGAAAAUAUUGGUUUGUGCCUAAUUUUGAACAUAAAAAUACCAUUAGCUAAAAGAAAGAGAAGGAGGGUAGAGGGUUUGUGCUGCUCCAUGCACAGUGGUCAUCCCUCCUGCGCCUUUUGCUUGUGAAUGAUUAUUGCCUUCAGUUUAUCUCCAUAUGUGCCGAGUAAAUGACUCCCAGCACAUUUUUCUUCAGAUUUCCAUAAUCAAUUGGUGUCUUGCUGGAUCUAAAGAGAAAUAUUAGCCAUGGGCAGAAGUCUGCAUCUCAUUUUAAUUGCCUUACUGAAGCAUUGCAAGCUUGUCAAGAAAAUGUCAGGCACAAAACUGACUUGGCUGCCUUUAGCAUGGUAAUGAAAAUAUGAAUGGUAUUUUAUUCACCUGCUGUGAUUGCUUGCCUUGGCAAAUUGAAUUUUAUGCAGCUACAUAAAAAUAUUAUUUGUUUUUUUCUUUGUCCUGUCCUCACUGCUUUAAGUCUUCAAAGAUAUGAGUUUGAAAGCAUCAACAAUUCAAAUUCUUAUCUUUGAAACAUUUGCUUCAUGAAAGAAUGUGGGAAAAUUCCUCUGCCUGUGGGCUGACACCUAUUUAUUUGGUAAAAAAUACAUUUAUUUUUCAUUGUAUAAAGAUUAAAGAAGUCAUUAGGUUCAUUAGCUUUUAUAGAUUUGGUUUGUGGGUUUUUCUUGGGUUGAAAAAUGUUUUUAAUGUUGGGUUGCUAUCAAAACCAACCCUAGACUUCUGUUACUAAAUUAUUUUUAUUGGAUAACAUGGGGGUUUGUUGUUGUAAAGAAGUCUGACAUUAUGUUAUCUAAUCUUCUGUGGGGGGAGUUCUUAUUCUCCAAUCAUUGACCUUCAGGGAUUGGGUGUAUUUUGGUUUUUUUCUUUUUUCUUUUUUUUUGUUUUUUCUUUUUUCUUAAUCAGAGAAAUAUUUUUGGAAAGAAAACAUUUUAAGGAAUCCUCCUGUGACUUGACUGGAGCUAAAAGGGAAAAACAUAGUAGACAGAGGGAAUUUCAAAUGAAUCUUUGCAAAGAGCAGCUCAACCUUGCACGUCUCCUGUGUGGUGAGAGGGCUGGAUUCUCAUGCCUUCCAUCUUGCCUCCCUUUUAAGCGCACAAUAUUUUUAUGCUUGAAAGCACCAGCUGUAGAAAAUGCUGAGAUCUCCAGAUCUGUCUAUUGCAAAUGCUGAGGUACUCAGACCUCCCUACAAAUGCUCCUGCUGUGGGAUGUCUCCCUUCGGCUGUCACCUCCUUGAAGGCUUCACUGAAGGUGCAGUACCUGAAAUGGGAAAAUUAGAUACUUGGCACAGAGAGAAGAACAAAAUUGUUUCAAGGAGAAAUGAACUUAUUUCUGAAACCAAAAAGUGGUGUUUGAAGACCCGAUUUGGAAGCAGUUUUGUUACCUAGAGCAGUGUGUGAAUAGGUGUGUAACAGCCAAUCUGUGCUUACACAGUUUAAGUGGUUUAAGUGGGUAUUUUCUGGCUUCUGGGGAUGGGGACUUAGGGUUCUGACAGCCCCAAAAAGCACAAGCCCACAUUCACCUUCACCCCUGUGAACAUUCCCUUGCUUGGGGUGUCUGGAGUGGGAUCCAGGUCCCAGUGCCGGCCCUGUGCCAGCGCUGACCUCUCUUGUGUCACAGGGAGAGGGAAGGUGCAGGGAUUGGCCAAAAUUGAAGUGAAAUCCCUGGAAAGGUCACUGUCACGGGGUCAGCAGCCUCUUCUGUUUUGCAGACAGUGCUGGGGCUUUUUAGCAGCAGAAGAACCAUCCCUCUCUGCCAGCCUUGUUCCACGGACCUUCCAAAGGGCGCUCGGUCGCGUACAGUGCUGGGCUCGUUUUCUCAACACAAGAGAAAACAGUUAAACUUACUGAAAACACUUUCCUGAAGGUUUGUAUCCCCUGUCCUUUCUCCCAAGACACAGCAAUUGAAACAUGCAUUUAUUCCUCACUGCUGCUGGCCACGAGGGUACAAAAUACAUUGGCUUCUUUAUUGUCCCUCCCUGUUCUGUGCCUACAGAGAGCAGGGUUUAAGUCUUCCUUUUAGGGUUUCUUCACACCAAGAAAGCAUUCCAUACCUUACAAACACUGAACCAAGCAUCAUGUGUAUUAAAAAAGAGAUCAGAUACUUCAAAUUAAUCUUAUGCUGUAGGGUUUUAUUUUUAGAAUCUGUGAACAUUUAGAGUUUAUGAAGAAAAUUAGAAAUGUGUUUCUAUUUUUCAAAUAUUUUUUAUAUUUAUGAGUAUUUUAAGUUUUAAGAUAUUUUUGCUAAAGGUAGACUUAGUAACAUUCCAGAUAAAAGAAUAAAAAUACAGUGUAAAUGAAUAA